AUGGACCUCACCGGCGAGCCACGCGCCUGGCUGCUCAACCUCCCUGGGUCCACGGUGGCAUCCUGGGGGGAACUCCGCGACCUCUUCACUGCUCGCUACGUGGUAUCAGCGCACCACGCAGUCGCGGCCCUAUUAGGCAGCUCUCGAGCACCGCCUUCAGAUCACCACGUCAAGUUGUUCCUCCGCCAGAUUGGUGUUGCUUCCAAGCGCCCGGGGGCUCUGCCAGGCUGGGCUGCGCCAGAGGCUGACCUCACCUUCAGCUCAGAGGACCACCCCGACUCCACCACUGGCUCGGGCAUGCUCCCAAUGCUCUGCACGCCCACCAUCUGCAACGUGGCUGUUGCCAAGACCCUCGUCAACGGCGGAGCCGGCCUCAACUUGCUCUCCGUGGAAGCCUUAAGCCUUCUUCAUGUGCCACUCGAGCGCCUCAGCCUCAGCAAGCCUUUCUCAGGAGUUGGUGGUGGCACUGCCAGCUCUCUGGGACAGAUCCGCCUUCCCAUCACCUUCGGCACACGCGAUAACUACCGCACCGAGCUGAUGCCUGGGAGCAAGGGCGUCCUCACUAUCAAAGGGGAUGCCAAGGAGGCUCUGGCGGUUCUCGGGCUCGCCCUCAAAACCGCCACGGCGGCACAGCCUGCCGACGCGGGCACCUCCGAGGCCAAGGGAGCUGUACCGACCAAGAAGAAGAAGUUGUUCACACAAGACAAGGCGGAAACCAAGCAGCCUCCUCUCCCUCCUCCCCUCUGUUUUUCCUCGUGCUCCCCGGCUCUCUCUCAUGAUCUCCCUCUCUCUCUGUUUUUCAUCAGCUACAGGUCGCCGUCGCCUUGGUCAACCCUCGCCGGAGCUCCGUCGAAGCCCCGUUGGCCGGAUCCGGCCCGGAAACAAGCAGAUCCCUUCAUCCUCGGCGAGCUCCGCCUCCCGUUCCCGUCGCUCCGCCGUGCGCCAAGUUCCCUGUCGUCGUGCCCUGCUUCUGCAUCCUCCCGCUCGUCUCUGUGCGCGCUGAAAACGAGUAAGCCGCCGCCUGCGUUGACCCGCUGCUUCGAGGACGAGGACGCCCAGCGACCAGCGCCCGAGAGCCUCCUCCUGCUCGACCCCGCCGCCUCGCUGCGGGCCUCCUCUGGCGUGGACCCCGUAGGAGCUCCGCAGCUAGCCGCCAUGACCACCGUGGGAGAUGCCUCCCCGGCCUUGCUUGCGUCCGGAUCCAGUCGCCUAGCUGGCCUGCGCCUCCCCGCCAUGCUCCCCGUCCUCCGCCCAAGUCCCUGCCGCUACGCCGCCGUUGCAAGGCCCAGCGUGCCAGUCGCCGCUGCAUCCCGAUCGAGUGCCUGGGCCGGCCUCGACUUGUGCUUCUUCGCGGCCCAGCAAGACAUUGAGACCCAACCUCUCCACCAGCCGGUCUCCUCUCCGAACGGGCCGAGGCCCAAUGAUCGCAGUUUGCAGGUGCCGAUGUUGCCGAGCAGGUGACGCAACCAAG